GGUGAAUUCUUGGAUAUGAAAGAUCAGUCUUGCAAGUUAUGUGCAGAGGGCACAUAUUCUCUUGGGACUGGUGUCAGGUUCGAUGAAUGGGAUGAGUUGCCCCAUGGAUUUGCCAGCAUAGCAACCAAUUUUGAAAUUGAUUACAACCUCUUGGAGUCCUUGGGAAACUGCACCAAAUCAACAUGGAUUCCUAAAGGAGAUUAUAUUGCCUCCAACACGGAUGAGUGCAUAGCUACUCUGAUGUAUGCUGUUAACCUCAAGCAGUCUGGGACCGUCUCCUUUGACUACAUCUACCCAGACAGCAACAUCGUCUUUGAAUUCUUUGUUCAGAAUGACCAGUGUCAACCAGCUGUGGAGGAUUCUCGAUGGAUGAGAACUACAGAGAAAGGUUGGGAGAAACACAGUGUGGAAUUGAGUCGUGGCAACAAUGUCUUGUACUGGAAAACAACGGCUUUCUCUGUUUGGUCCAAAAACCCCAAGCCUGUGUUGGUGAAAAACAUUGGGAUUACAGGUGUGGCUUAUACUUCUGAAUGCUUUCCUUGUAAAGCAGGCACCUACACUGCCAAAUCUGGUUCCUCCUUCUGUCAGCAAUGCCCAGCAAAUACUUUUUCUUCCAAAAAAGCUACUUCCUGCCAGCAGUGUGAGCCAGCAAAUUACUCAGAACCAGGUUCUUCUUCUUGCAAGACUCGCCCAGCCUGUACAGAUAAGGAUUAUUUUUAUACCCAUACUACCUGUGAUACAAAUGGGGAGACACAGCUAAUGUAUAAAUGGGCUGAGCCUAAGAUCUGCAAUGAGGACCUCCCCAAGGCAGUGAAAUUACCUCCAUCGGGUGUAAAGAUGAUGUGUCCACCUUGUAAUCCUGGUUUUUUUAAGACAAAUGCCAGCACCUGUGAGCCUUGCCCAUAUGGAAAAUACUCAAAUGGGUCUGGUUGUAUCAAUUGCCCAGUUGGCACCGAGCCCGCAUUAGGCUUUGAAUACAAAUGGUGGAACACGCUGCCAGCUAAUAUGGAGACUACAGUCCUUAGUGGAAUCAGUUUUGAAUAUAAGAGAAUGGCAGGGUGGGAAGUGGCUGGUGACUACAUCUACACAGCUGCAGGGGCUUCUGACAAUGAUUUCAUGAUUUUAACAUUGGUAAUUCCUGGCUUCAGUCCACCACAAUCAGUUAUGGAAGACUCUGAAAAUAAGAAGGUAGCAGAAAUCACUUUUGUCUUUGAAACCAUCUGCAGUGUGAAUUGUGAACUUUAUUUUAUGGUGGGUAUGAAUUCUAGAACCAAUUCCCCUGUAGAAACCUGGUUUGGCGCCAAGGGAAAGCAAUCCUAUACGUAUGUCAUUGAGAAGAAUGCUACCACGAGUUUCACGUGGGCCUUCCAGAGGACAGCAUACAACGAAGCGGGAAGAAAAUACACAAAUGAUGUUGCCAGAUUGUACUCCAUCAAUGUGACCAAUGUCAUAGACGGCGUAGCUUCUUAUUGCCGGCAGUGCGCUUUGGAAACCUCUGGCUCAUCCUGUACUUCCUGCCCUCAUGGGCACUACAUUGACAAAACAUCCGGUGCUUGUUCUCCAUGUCCAUCAAACACUUACCUGAAAGCUCACCAACCUUAUGGCAAGCAAGCUUGCAUCCCUUGUGGUCCUGGCACAAAAAAUAAUAAGAUUCAUUCUCUAUGUUACAACGAUUGUCACUUCUCAGUCAGCAUGAAGGAUAGGACUCGGGAGUAUGACUUCUCCAGACUGGCUUACAGCACCUCCUUUUUAGGAGGGCCAAGUUUUACUUCAAAAGGCCUGAAGUACUUUCACCACUUCAACAUCAGUUUAUGCGGAAAUUAUGGAAAAAAGACUGCUCUCUGCAUAGAUAACGUCACAGAUAGUCAUCUUUUGGACAAAGACACUGAGUUCUCCAAGUCAAUUUCAUCCUAUGUAUGCCAGUCCGUCAUGAUUCCUUCUGAAGUGAUGGGUUACAAAACCAUGGUCUCUUCUCAGCCUGUGAGCCUGGCGGAUACUUUUGUGGGAGUAACAACAAAACCUACUCUGGACAACAUAACUUCUCAUGCUGAUUAUUUCCCUGGUGGAAAUGGGGACUUACCUGAUGUCAUAUUCUUUUAUAGAUCCAAGGAUGUGACCCAGACAUGCCGUGAUGGAAGAGUAACUACCAUUAGGCUAAGAUGUGACCCCCUAAAAUUUGAGUUUGCUCUCUCUUUACCAAGCAAGUGUCCUGAUGGAACCUGUGAUGGAUGCACUUUCCAUUUCCUGUGGGAGUCAGUUGAAGCCUGUCCUCUCUGUUCUGCAGAAGACUACCAUGCCAUUAUCAGUGCCUGCAUUGGAGGGAUACAGCGAACCACCUAUGUAUGGCGGAAGCCAAAGCUAUGCGCCGGAGGCAUCCAGCUUCCAGAAGAAAAAGUCAGCAUCUGCAAGUCCAUGGACUUCUGGCUUAAGGUGGGCAUCUCUGCUGGGACUUGUGCUGCCAUCCUGCUGACCGUCAUGACUUGCUACUUCUGGAAGAAAAAUCAAAAGUUAGAGUAUAAAUACUCUAAGCUGGUUAUGAAUGCGAGUUCUAAGGACAGUGAACUACCUGCAGCUGACAGUUGUGCCAUCAUGGAGGGAGAAGAUGUAGAGGACGACCUGUUAUUCACAAGCAAAAAUUCUUUUUUGGGAAAAAUAAAGGCAUUCACUUCUAAAGCUUCUCUUAGGUACAGUCAGGCAUGGCAGGACUCUGUGUGUAGGGCUCUUCUCAAUAAACUAAGAGGAAGAAUCUUCCAGAGAACAUCUGAUGGUUUUGAUUCUGUGCCCUUGAAGACCUCCUCUGGCACCACCGACAUGGAUCUUUAGAAGUGGUUUGCCUCUCCCUGACCUUUCCUGGAGGAGUUCUUGAUUAAUACUGGCACUUUGAUGAACUUGCCAUGUGGCCUUAUUGGAAUAUCUUUUAACUUCAGCUUCUUACUGUACUUUUUUAAGUCAAACAUUCCUCCAAAAACAAACUGUGCCAAAUAUAAUUGUGCUUUUAAAAUUAUGUGUAGAUGUAUAUUUGUAUGUUUAUUGCAUACAAUGUGCCCACUUUUGUGAUA